GUCCACUGGGUGCUGUGAAACAUUGGGACUCGAGAGUGGAACAGCCCAGGAUGUCCAGAGCCAAGAUCUUGGUCUUCAACAACCUCAGAGGUUUGAGUUCCCUGUUUUUUGGCAAACAAGUGAGAGGAAGUCCCAGGCGUCACCAGAUGAGACCAGAAAGGGCAUGCACCGGGGAUUCCUGUGUUCUAAGAAAUAGGAAUAAAUCCUUACAUCCACUCUGGACAAGCCCCAUGUCUGUACCAGGAGGCACUCAGCAAUCUCCUAUCAAUAUCCAGUGGAAAGACAGUGUCUAUGACCCUCACUUGAAACCCCUGAAAAUCUCCUAUGACCCAUCUUGUUGUCUUCAUGUAUGGAAUACAGGAUACUUGUUCCAGGUUGAAUUCGAUGAUUCUGCCGAUGGAUCAGGAAUUAGUGGUGGACCCUUGGACAAUCACUACAGACUCAAACAGUUCCACUUCCACUGGGGAGAAAUGAACGACUGGGGUUCAGAGCACACAGUGGACAACCAAGUUUACCCAGCUGAGCUUCAUUUAGUACACUGGAAUUCUGCCAAAUACCAAAAUUACAAAGAAGCAGUAAUGGGAGAAAGUGGUUUGGCUGUAAUAGGAGUAUUUUUGAAGCUGGGAGCAGAGCACAAGGAACUACAGAAGUUGGUCAAUGUCUUACCAGAAAUUAAGCAUAAGGAUACUCAUGCGGCCUUUGACAGAUUUGAUCCCUUGUGUCUUUUGCCCUUCUGUCAAGAUUAUUGGACCUAUGCUGGAUCUUUGACCACCCCACCACUUACAGAAUCUGUCACUUGGAUCAUUAAGAAAAAACCAAUUGAGGUUGGUCAUAAUCAGCUAGCUGAGUUUCGGAGGCUACUGUUUUCUGCCCUUGGGGAGGAAGAGAAGAAGAUGGUGAACAACUUUCGCCCACUUCAACCUCUCAUGAAUCGUACUGUCUGGUCAUCCUUCCAAGCCUAGCACUUUUGAAACACAGGACUUAUCUCCAAAUAGAAUCCCCUUCUUACACCCCCGAUCAACCCAUGUCUAGCUGUCUUUAAGAAAGAGCCAGUGUGAUAUUUCAGCAUUCCAAUUUGCUAAGAAAGGCAGGAUAGAAAUUGAUGUGACC